ACGCGAGCAACUUUUCAUCUACAACUCCUUUCGUCCUCUCUCGUCCUCUCUGGCUUCUCACCCGGUGCGAUCACUCCUAAGCGCGCAGACUUGCGAGCUCUUUGUCCAACCAAUUCUCACAUGGGUCAAACUCUUUCCUCUCCGGCUACGGAGAAGACGACAGAUGAGGGUAGGGAUGAGCGCUUCGCAUAUGGGGUUACGGAGAUGCAAGGGUGGCGUAUAACGAUGGAGGACGCACAUACGACCGUGUUAAAUGUCGAUGAUGUAGAAGGAGAAGAGGAGAAGCACCCGUCUGAGCGGGUAAGUUUCUUUGCGGUGUUCGAUGGCCAUGGAGGUGCAACCGUUGCGAAAUUCGCCGGCAAGACAGUACACACGCGCCUAGCGGAGCAGGAAGAGUACCAGAAUAAGGACUACCGCGGAGCGCUCAAGUAUACGUUCCUCCGGACGGACGAAGCGUUACGAGCGGAUCCGAUGUUCAGGAAUGAUCCAUCUGGAUGCACGGCGAUCGCGUGUCUUGUCACGCCGGAGAAUAAGAUAUGGGCGGCGAACGCCGGGGAUUCAAGGGCGGUGCUAUGCGACUCGGGGAGAGUAAAGCCGCUGAGCUACGAUCAUAAACCGAAUGGAACAGUGGAGUAUGCGAGGAUCAUGGCGGCAGGUGGUUGGGUAGAGUAUGGACGCGUGAAUGGCAAUCUUGCACUCUCACGAGCGCUUGGUGACUUCGAAUACAAGAAGAAUCUUUCCCUUGCACCGGAAAGGCAAAUUGUGACAUCAGACCCUGACAUCAUGAGCCAUGAAAUUUCAGAAGAGGAUGAGUUCAUUGUUUUGGCGUGUGACGGUAUCUGGGACUGCAUGUCAUCGCAGAGUGUAUGUGAUUACGUACGGCGGCACGUUGCACACCGCAUGCCUCUAGGCAAGAUCUGCGAAUCCCUUGUGGACUACUGCAUUGCGCCAGAUGCAGACCUAGAGAAGUCUGGUAUCGGUUGCGACAACAUGACCGUGAUCAUCAUCGCGAUCCUGCACGGGCGGACGCUGGAGGAGUGGUACGACUGGAUCGUGGAUCGUGUGGAGCGGGGGUUUGCCUACCCGACACCGAGCGAGUUCAAGCCGCUGUAUGGUCCACGACGAGGGUAUUCCUGGGAUUUUACCCGGAGCAAUACCGGUCGAUUGGCGUUCGACCUGCGCAUACCUUCUUCGUACGUCGAUGACAGCAGCGACGAGGAGAUGGAAGAGUCAGAAAUCGGGCAUGGGAUGUUCAGGAGCGCAGCGAAGGGGAAAGGCGAGGAGGUGCUCGGGAAGGGGAAAGGGAGGGAAGUGCGAGAUCUGGAUAUCGAGGUUGCGGAGCUUGAGGAGACAUACGAGUGGGAGUCUGACGAUAGUGGAGAAGACGCUACCCUCCCACCGGGGUUUACGAGUACGCGCCUGACGAGCCUUGGCCGGCCACUCGUUGCUGGUCCUCCGGAGCUGAAGAACCUAGGAGCAGCGCACUUCAAGCCUGAGAAACAACUCGUACAUACCCCGGAGGGGGACGCACCCAGCCCGGCAGUGUUAGUCGAAGGCCUGAUGGACACGAGCGAGGACCCGACGAAAAUAGAAAUAUAAGUCUCGUCUGGCCAGCACUAGUCUCGGUACUUCCUCCCUCGUGGCCGUCGCUGUCGUUGUGGCCAGUUAUCGAUCUGCUCAGCUUCUUCGAACGCAAUGCAUCAGAUUUCGACUCCUGCACUCCCGCAUCUCUUCGCAAUAUCAUGUAGCACUCAGUUUCGCGCAUCGUCCCUGCCCCUCGCCCACCAGCGCACUUGCGCACCAUACACCCUCUACCCUCCCCCCCUUCCUGCAGAGCGCACCCAACCAGCGGCAAGCCCUUCCCCUUGCAUCUUCUCCGGGUUUGACACUUCCGGCCUCUGACCGGAGUGAAUGCGACGCGUGUCGUGUCGUGUGUGUCAUGUUGUACAGAGUACAGUACAGUACUGGCCAAAGCAUACCAAAUCAAAUCAAUCUUUAUCCUCCGUCCUCCCCGUGGGGUUGAGCCCGCCUAAUCAGGAUUAGCGUAUUAUCAUCUUCCCCUGUGGGCGUUGUACUCCU